CCGCUGAUGAAAUGGUUUUAAGCUCGUGAUCCUGGCCAGUUCUUUUCAGCGAUUUUCCACAGAUGCAUUAACAAAGCAUCAGGCUUCGUUCUUAUAGAAGGUUUUUCAUCCAAGGAAGUCAGAAGUUUGGGAGAAGUUUCCAAAACAGGCGCCCCCUAAAUCCGUGCAACUGUACAAAAUCUCUCGUGCACGCUCGACCGAAGAUCCCGAAAGAGUUGAAACGAGUUGACGUAUAAAGCGCAGUGCUCGAAAGCUCGUCGCUCUUCUCCCGCGGAGCAGCAAAAGAUAAGCGCAGAAAAACUCUUUUUUCUUCUUGUUCCAUCGUUUCAAUGGGUGUUGCGAGCCAAAGCAGUGUCGCAAAUGAAGCCGGGGCAGCUCCAGAGGCUUCGAUCCAGCAAACUCUGCGAGGAUUUUCGAGCCCCACCAGCUUGCUGCUCCGUAUCGCAACUGCAGUCCUGUGCACUCUAACUCUCGCGUUUCUCGUCACUUCCAAGGAGAGGAAGGAGAUCGCCUCUAUUGAUAUCGUUGCCAUAUGGUCCAACUCGAAAGCUUUGAUAUUUCUAGCAGUCGUGAGUGGAAUUUGUCUCGGCUAUUCGCUUCUACACGCAGCAGUGUUCCUCGUCAUGCUGUCUGGAAAUCGAAAACCUCUGGCACGGAAGAAAGCUCUCGAUUGGAUGGUGUUCUUAGCUGACCAGCUCUUGUCUUAUGCCAUGCUCUCGGCCGCCGCGGCAUCGGCAGAGGUGGCUUAUCUCGCAAAGAAUGGACAAGUGAGCUCGGGAUGGUUCGCAGUUUGCAAUGCUUUCAAUGGAUUUUGCAACAAAGUUGGAGUAGCACUCGUGCUCUCCUUCUUUUCUGUGAUUCCCCUAGCUAUCAACGCAUUCAUCUCGGCCUAUCACCUAAGACCAAGUUAGAAGACAAAAAGCCUUCCCACACACCAAGAACAGGAUGAUAGAAUGGAACAUUGUAUCUUCUUUCAUUUCUUUAGCUAGUUCGUCAAAGGGACAAGAAAAAAAAA